GCAGGAUGGACGGAACAACCGCGACAUGGAUCACGGUGGCCGCCGGCGCCUUCGUGCUCUUCUGGCUCUUUGUCACGUGCUUUGCGAUCUGGCGCGCCGCCAAGAACAGGGCGCAGCAGCCGCCGUGCUUGAGCCAAGCAGAGGCCGAGCUCCUCCGCAACGACCACCUCGGGAACCUCAACGGCAUGCGGCGCGGCGACAUGGAAGACCACGGCGCCGAGACGUCCAAGUGGUGCUGUGGCAUCUGUGGCUUCCACAACGCCGAAGAGAAGGAGGUUUGCGCGCUCUGCGAGACGUCGCGAGGCGUUGCGCUCGCAUCGUCCGUCAACAUGUCUGAGCGCACAAUUACGAUUGAGGUCGCCCAGCUCAACGCACUCCAGCACGCUGCGUGGACGCGCACGCUAUGGGCGCGCAGCGUCCCAACCGAAGCGGCGCCGACGAGCGUCUGGGUCCGAGACCCUGCGUCCACGUCGUCGUCGCUGGUGGCAAAUACGUUUUUCGCCUACGCGCCGCUGGACGGUGCGCUAAUGCUGACGUCACUGACGUCGGGAUCGACGCCGGCCACAACAUCCAUGGUGAGCGACCCGAUUCCCGACUGGUGGGCUGUCGCGGUGGCUCCGCUCGUUGCGCUGCCCUUCUCGCUGAAAUACGCGUGGAUGCUGGAGCAAAUCGAUGCGUCGUAUGCCGAGCGAAGCGGCUUUGUCGUUGCGCGAGACCAGCUCCUCGAGCAGUCGCUCGCCUUCUUGAUGCAGUUACCAGUGGACGAGCUCUGUCGCCGUACGCGCGUCACGAUGGCGGGCGAAGACGCGCUCGACGCUGGCGGCGUCCAGCGCGAGUGGUACACUGUCCUCUCACAAGCCAUUCUGUCGUCGACCCUCUUUGUGGCGACACACGACAAUGUGUACAUGCCACACCCGAACGCCACGUCAUCGGACGACUUGGACAAGCUGGAGGCCGUGGGGCGGCUGCUCGGGAAAGCCAUCAUCGACGGCCAGGUCCUGCCGAUGCGCCUCUGCGUGCCGCUCUUCAAGGCGCUGCUCGGCACACCCGUCUCGAUCCACGACGUCCGCUACGUGGACGAGACGACGUACAAGAGUCUCCGGUACAUCGAGUCGUCGGACGAUGUCGACGCCCUCGCUCUCGACUUUAGCGUGACAUCGAUCGACCAUACUGUCGUCGAUCUCAUUCCCAACGGACGUACCGUCGAGGUCACUACGAGCAACAAAGACAAGUAUGUGGACGCGAUGGUGCGCCAUUUGCUCUGUGGUCGGUGGUCGCAGCAAAUCGGACGCCUCGUCCGAGGCGUUUACACGGUGCUACCCCACGAGCUUUUGUCGGUUUUCGACUACAAGGAGCUGGAGCUCGUGCUCUGCGGCACGCCCGGCAUUGACCUCGACGACUGGCGCGCCCACACGAUCGUGUCGCGCUCGCUGCAGUGCUCGACAACUCUCGCGUGGUUCUGGGACGUUGUCGAGUUUGACAUGAGUGCGGCCGACCGCGCCAAGCUGUUGCACUUUACAACCGGCUCGUCACGCGUGCCACUGCAAGGCUUCAAGGGGCUCACGAGCUACGACGGCAAGCUCUGCCUCUUUACGCUCCAGGCGACAGCCUACAGCCACGGGUGCCUCCCCAAGGUGCACACGUGCUUCAACCGCAUCGAUCUGCCCUUGUACCCGAGCCGCGGCCUCGUGAAAAGUGCGCUCUUUAUGCUUCUCGGCGUCGAGUCGAUGGCGUUCACGCUCGAGUAGUUUCAUGUUGAGGGUUAAAUAUGCU